AUGAUUAAUGAGAUUAUAAAAAUAGUCAAGAGCCAUCUAGAUCGCGUACAGGAGGAAUACGACAUUAGCUCAGCUGAAGAACGCGUGAUGGAUAAGAACAUGCGUAGAGAGUUUCCUGAAGUUCACGGCGCGGCCAUGGAUGCAAUUGCUAAGGCGUUCCGUCGAAGACCCCGGUGA